GCUUUACUGUUAUGUGAUUGGAUGUAUGUUUUUCCACAGCCAUGAUCUAAUUUCCUGUACAUCGACAAACGAGCCAUGUAUUUAUAUGCUCUGGCUGAUGGAAAUAUGCGUUAUUGACUUAUUGAUUUUGCUUAAUGAAGUAUACAUCGGCUGGUCGUCUGGAUGACGAGCGACUGUUUAAUGCCGCUGUCCGCGCGUGAAGGAUGAAGUAACGCGAAUGGUCCACAAAAUGUCUCUGGACGAGAAACAGCACAUAAACGAUUUUCAUCGAUAAAAGAUCCUGAUUUUGAUGUAGGAGGAACCAUACUUGCAACCUUUGCACAGCUGCCACGUGGGGACUUGUGACAUCCUGAGAAAACCGAAAGCCAAAGAGUUUUUCAGUAACUGACAAGAUGUCUAUCACAGACCAUAGCCCCACCACUGGGGUCGUGACAAUUAUUGUAAUACUCAUUGCCAUUGCAGCACUAGGGGCGUUAAUUCUUGGUUGUUGGUGCUACUUGCGGCUGCAGCGCAUCGGUCAGUCUGAAGAUGAAGAAAGCAUAGUAGGUGAAGGCGAAACCAAGGAGCCCUUCUUGCUGGUUCAGUAUUCAGCCAAGGGCCCAAAAGUUGAGCACAAGACCAAGCUUACCCCCAACGGCACUGAGAGCCACACUUAACCGUCCAUGUUCAGACCCAGUCAAGUCUUAUAUAAUUUCAAAACCUCACAGUAUCACACAACUCAAUGUGUACAUCCCUUUGAAAUGGUGCAAGACAAACAUAUUCCAUACUUUGUUGCUUUAAGUGUUUUUCCCACAUUUUGUGGUGGUCCGACAAAACCCUAUUAUAAUGUGAAAUUGACAACCGUCUGCUUUGAUGUCAUAUGCAGUGCUAACUGUUGUCGAGUUCUGAAAUUGAACAAAAAUGAUUUUGUUUGCUGCUUUUAGUGCUGUUUUAACAUUACUGCUUUUGUCCAGAGCUGGCUCUGGUUUUAAGAUGGACUGAUUUUACUGACUGUGUCAAAAAUAUAAACUUUAGAGGGUUGGUUAUGAGACUUUUUUUAAACUUAAGUUAAUAAUCAUAUUUUCUCUUAUAAAUUGUUGUUAACAACAAUUUUUAGCUUUUUAAAAGAUGCCUCAGAAAUGCUAUAUUUGCGGUUUUUAUUACACAUUAAAGCAGUGGUUCUCAAACAUUUGGGCGUGCACUACCUUAAGAAAAUUCAUUACGUAAAACAUAUCACAAACCUAUAAAAAAUAUUACAUUAUACAAUGUAGUGCUGUUGUUUAGUGAUCUUAUUUUUGAUUUUGGGGCCAUCUUGCACCUCCAGUUUGAGAACAACUGCAUUCAAGUAAUAUUAAUCUAAGCGUUAAUAUUAAAAAUUGCCAAAUUGUGUAAAGAAAAGCUGUAUCAAUGCUCUUACAUGACCAUGUUAUUUGCACUUUUUAUUAUUUAAUGUAUUUGAAGCGAUUUUGUCACAGCACUUGCUGUUUUUUGCUAGGAAGCCACAACUACCCUGAAAGCCAAUGACUGAAGCCUUUUUAUCCUAGUGUUAUGGUGUUGGGGCACCAGAGGCGUUCAUUGUUGUGGUUGAGCAAAUUUCUAUAUUGUAAGAAGAAAACUCAUUAAAGAGUGUAUAUAUUAUUUUUAUAGAUGGCCUGUUUAUUCACUGUUGAAGUUAGUUGUAUCAAGCUUCUAACUUCUUGUUCACAGUAUUAUUUUCUUUUCAUUCAUCUCAAAUGCUCUUGCAUCAUUGCAGUAUUUGCCAUUUGUACACGUGAGAAGGAAAUCAGAGAAAUGAUUUAUUUUUAUACAUUAACCAUUCAAAUGUUAUCUGUAUUUAUUCAUAAAGCAAAAUCAACAAUUAGGCCUUUUAAAGAUGUGGCCAAAAUCUCGAUAUGCAGCUGAAAUGAUUUCAUUGACAUUACUUGUGUACAGCAUUUUAUUUGACAGUUUUUUGUGAAUUAUUUCACUUUACAGAUAAACAAUUGAUGUGAUGGACGGUACAUGCAUGUUAAUCUGCAUAUUUGAGGGUAUUUGCAGUAGGGUGAUCAGUAUAUUGCUCAGUGUGUCCAGUGUUUGUUUUGACUGUACCAAACAAUAAAACUUUAUUUUAAAAAUG